GUUAGACUGACAAAACGUUUCUACAAAGUCAUAAUCUUUAUCAAUUUUUGAAUCAUGAAGGGUACUACUUUGGUUAUGGUAUUUUCUGUUUUCAUAUGUUUCAUUCUGAGUCAUGGUAAAGACGGGGACUGUUAUGAUCAGAUCCCAUUCCCUGGAAAAUGCAGCAAGUUACAUGGAGACAAGAGAUGCUUCAGAGACAUGCUUUCGAAUAACAUAACACGGCGUUUUCUUACUUGCACCUGUAUAAACCGGGAACCAGACAAAUCACCUGGAAACCUACAAACCGAUUUACACCAUUCGGAACACCCCGGGCAUAUCUGCUCAUGUCUCAGAGCUGUUGCCGGUGAUUGUGUGCCAGAUGCGUAAAAGAGUUUUUGGUGGUGAAACAUAGAUUAGCAAUGGUGCUAAUCUGAUGGUAUUUUCUUCUUAGUAAAGGCAAUAAGAUUAGGCGUUAUUCAUUAAUAACGGACAGUACAUGCGUAUUUUCACUCAAUUUUGUUUCGUUUAUUUUUGUUUGCUUUCGACAUUUCCAAAUCUAUAUUAAUAAAAGAGACCAUGCUCUAUUUAGUUCUUUUUA